AUGGGACAAAUAUUACCCUUUAAACUAGAUAUAUUAUUAUUAUUAACAGGGCUUUUUAUCUUGGUAUUUACUUCGUUAGUAAUAGGUGUUAUUGCACAUUUCUUUUAUUGGAUUAUAUAUGACUUGUUUGGUCAUGCUGAAAAACGAGCUAAGCGAAAGUUAAAAUGUAUAAACGAUCAAAAAGAUGAUGAAUACUAUGCAAUUAUUAUCGGUGCUGGAUUUUCUGGUCUUGGUACCGCAAUUAAAAUGAAUGAGCUUGGAGUGGAUAAUUACAUUAUAAUUGAACGACAUGGACAUGUCGGUGGAACUUGGUAUGCUAAUCAAUACCCAGGUUGUACAUGUGAUGUUCCGUCAUAUCUUUAUUCAUUUUCAUUUGAACUUAAUCCAAAAUGGUCACAUUAUCUUAGUCGACAACCUGAAAUAGCUGAAUAUCUUGAAUAUUGUACAGAUAAAUAUGAUAUUCGUCAACAUAUUCAUUUUAAUACUAAUGUUACACAAUUGAAAUGGAUUGAAGAAAGACAAUCAUGGCAAGUCACAACUGAAUCAAAUAGCGAAGAAAACAUUCUCUAUGCUCGAUCGAUUGUUCUUGGUUCUGGACUAUUGUCAAAUGCUUCUUAUCCAAGUGAUAUUCCUGGUAUUGAUAAAUUUCAAGGUCAAAUGUGUCAUACAGCUGAAUGGAAUAAACAGAUUGCUUUUAAAAAUAAACAUGUAGCUGUUGUUGGUACUGGUGCAAGUGAUAUUCAAGCAGUUCCUGAAAUUCAAAAGAUGAAUAUAUCAAAAUUACUUGUUUUUCAACGAACUCCACCAUGGAUUAUUCCUCGUAUCGAUCGACCAAUUAGUGACUGGCAAAAAAAUCUAUUAAAACGUGUUCCGAUCAUUCUAAAAUUCUUGCGUCUUUUCGUUUAUUGGAUAUAUGAACCUAUUGCACUUUCAUUUGCUUAUCGAUGGCCAUUAAAAUUUAUAAUUGAAAAAUUAGUUAAAUAUAAUCUUGAAAGACAGGUAAAAGAUGUAGAAUUAAGAAAAAAAGUAACACCUUCAUGGGAAUUCGGAUGUAAACGUAUGCUAAUAACAAAUGAUUGGUAUCCAACAUUACAAAAACCAAAUGUGGAACUUGUAACAGACCGUAUUCAAGAGAUCAAAUCACAUUCGAUUAUUACUCGAAAUGGAGAUGAAUAUCCAGUUGAUAUUAUUAUUUGGUCAACUGGAUUUCAACCACAAGAAUUUCCAUUGCCUGUUUAUGGAAUAAAUGGUUGUUCAUUAGCCGAACAAUGGUCUGAAACAAUACAAGCAUAUCGUGGUGUAACUGUACCUAAUUUUCCAAAUCUUUUUAUACUUCUUGGUCCAAAUACAGCUCUUGGUCAUAAUUCAGUUGUAAUUAUGAUUGAAUCACAAAUUAAUUAUAUAGCUGAAGCUUUACUUUACAUGGAUCAAAAUAAUAUACGAUCGAUUGAAAUAAAAGAAAGCGUACAUGAGCAGUAUAAUAAAGAUUUACAAUCACGAUUAAAGAGAACAGUAUGGCAAAAAGGAGGUUGUCAUUCAUGGUAUCAAGAUGCUAAAGGUAAUAAUACUACUCUGUGGCCUGAUUUCACAUGGCUUUAUAUAUGUUUAAUGAAAAAUUUUGAUUAUGAAAAUUAUAUUUGCCGAACAUAA